GGCGCGGCGAGAGCCGGCACUGCCGGCAGUCGCUCGGUCACACUUGGUCGUGUACGACGUACGUGCCUGCCUGCCUGCCUGCCUUGGUCGCUCCCCUCGGCGAACGAGUGAUUGUCCGUCCAUCCGCCCGUCCGUCCGUCCGUCCUUCGUCCUUUCGGUGGGGAAGCCGGGAGAGCAGUCACGAAGCGCGCGCGGCCUUACCACCUCCUCCGCUGGCGGCCAGCAGCUUCCACCUGGCACACCCGAUCCGAACCGAAGCUCGCCGAGCGGACGUGUUAAUGUGCCGGUUCACCGUGGCCCAUCCUCCGGAACGACUGCUCUUCGUGGCCACGGCUCUCCAAGUCGCCACGGCUCGCCGCCGUGACCCUCGGCUUCACCUCGCCGCGCGCCCGACCGAAUCCUCCUCUUCAGCAGCAUCAUCAUCAUCAUCAUCGCCGUCGUCGUCGUCGUCGUCCCGCUCAAAGCCGAUCCCCGGGCAGGGACCGGACAUGAGAAGCGAGCUGUACAUCGCGUCGGAAGUGCAGUGUAGUGCCUCUUAAUGGAGCGUGCCGACGUAUAGCCGCUCGCGUCGUGUCUCUCGUUGCUCGCAACAGGCGGAGUGCCGACAACCACGACUUGAGAGAUGGUCAUCGUUACACGGGGAGAUUACAUAUGGAUCGAACCAAUCUCAGGAAGGGAAUUCGACGUGGCAAUCGGAGCGCGGGUGAUCUCGGCGGAAGGCAGACGGAUUCAAGUAAAGGACGACGACAACAAGGAACAAUGGCUAACGCCGGAGAGACGAAUAAAGGCCAUGCAUGCCACCUCGGUGCAAGGUGUAGAAGAUAUGAUCAGUUUGGGAGACCUCCAUGAGGCGGGCAUCCUGCGAAAUCUGUUAAUACGUUACAACGAGAAUCUCAUUUACACGUACACGGGCUCCAUCCUGGUCGCCGUCAACCCGUAUCAGAUACUGCCUAUCUACACCGCGGAGCAAAUCAAAUUGUAUAAGGAUCGUAAAAUCGGCGAGUUGCCACCGCACAUAUUUGCCAUCGGCGAUAACAGCUACGCGCACAUGAACCGAUACGGCCAAGAUCAGUGCAUUGUAAUUAGCGGAGAGAGCGGAGCCGGCAAGACGGAAAGCACGAAAUUAAUCUUGCAAUAUUUAGCAGCGAUCAGCGGGAAGCACUCAUGGAUCGAACAGCAAAUCCUGGAAGCGAAUCCGAUACUCGAAGCAUUCGGCAAUGCGAAAACCGUGAGGAACGACAACUCCUCCCGCUUCGGCAAGUACAUCGACAUUCACUUCAACGAGCAAGGGGUGAUAGAAGGUGCCAAAAUAGAGCAGUAUCUUCUGGAGAAAUCGCGGAUCGUGUCUCAGAGCUCGGAUGAGAGGAAUUAUCAUGUUUUUUAUUGCAUGCUAGCCGGUCUCUCGAAGGAGGAGAAGCAGAAGCUCGAGCUGGACGACGCGUCCACGUACAAAUAUCUUAUCGGGGGCGGCAGCAUCACUUGCGAAGGGCGCGAUGACGCCGCUGAGUUCGCCGACAUACGAUCGGCCAUGAAGGUGUUGCUGUUCUCCGAUAUGGAGAUUUGGGAGGUGCUCAAGUUGCUUGCCGCUUUAUUGCACAUGGGCAAUAUUAAGUAUAGGGCUACCGUCGUAGAUAAUUUAGAUGCCACGGAGAUACCGGAGCACACGAAUGUACAGAGGGUGGCGCAUCUAUUGGGAGUACCGGUACAGUCCUUGAUAGAUGCGCUCACUCGCAGGACUAUAUUUGCACACGGUGAGACAGUAGUUUCCACAUUAUCGAGAGACCAAUCGGUCGACAUCAGAGACGCGUUCGUCAAAGGGAUAUACGGGCGAUUAUUUAUACACAUCGUGAAGAAGAUCAACGAGGCCAUAUACAGGCCGAAGAAUACCUCGCGGAGCGCCAUAGGCGUACUGGACAUCUUCGGCUUCGAGAACUUCAAUCACAACAGCUUCGAGCAGUUCUGCAUCAACUACGCCAACGAGAACCUCCAGCAGUUCUUCGUGCAACAUAUAUUCAAGCUGGAGCAAGAGGAAUACAAUCACGAGGGCAUCAAUUGGCAACACAUCGAGUUCGUCGAUAACCAGGACGCCUUAGAUCUGAUCGCUAUCAAGCAGCUCAACAUUAUGGCGCUCAUCGACGAGGAAUCCAAGUUCCCCAAGGGUACUGACCAAACCAUGCUGGCGAAGAUCCACAAAACACACGGCAGUCAUAGGAACUACCUGAAACCCAAGUCGGACAUCAACACGUCCUUCGGCCUGAAUCACUUCGCGGGCGUCGUUUUUUAUGACACGCGGAGUUUCCUGGAAAAGAACAGGGACACGUUUAGCGCGGAUCUAUUGCAGCUCAUUCACAUCUCGUCGAAUAAGUUCCUGCAGGCCUGCUUCGUCGAGGAUAUCGGUAUGGGCUCGGAAACCAGAAAGAGGGCGCCCACGUUGUCGACGCAAUUCAAAAAGUCCUUGGACUCGCUCAUGAAGACGCUGUGUAGCUGCCAACCUUUCUUCAUCAGAUGCAUCAAGCCGAACGAAUACAAGAAGCCGAUGAUGUUCGACCGAGGCCUCUGCUGUCGACAAUUAAGAUACUCCGGCAUGAUGGAGACCAUCAGGAUUCGCCGAGCCGGUUACCCGAUUCGCCAUUCCUUCCACGAGUUUGUGGAGAGAUACCGAUUUCUCAUCUCGGGCAUUCCACCCGCGCACAAGGUGGACUGUUGCGCGGCGACCUCGAAGAUCUGCCACGUGGUGCUGGGUCGGUCGGAUUACCAGCUCGGGCACACUAAGGUGUUCCUCAAGGACGCUCACGACCUGUUUCUGGAGCAGGAGCGCGACCGCGUGCUGACGCGCAAGAUCUUGAUACUGCAACGUAACAUUCGCGGCUGGGUUUAUCGCAGGAGGUUCCUGCGGCUGCGAGCGGCCGCGAUGAUUGUGCAGAAGUAUUGGCGCGGCUACGCGCAGCGCCAGCGAUACAAACGCAUGCGAAUCGGCUACAUGCGACUGCAGGCGCUCAUCAGGUCGCGCGUGCUCUCGCACAGGUUCAGGCACCUGCGCGGCCACAUCGUCGCGCUCCAGGCGCGAGCCAGGGGCCACCUGGUGCGCAAGAUGUACCGGAAGAAACUGUGGGCCAUCGUGAAGAUCCAGGCGCACGUGCGCAGACUGAUAGCGCAGCGGCGCUACAAGAAGAUCAAGUACGAGUACCGAUUGCACGUGGAGGCGCUGCGACUGCGGAAGAAAGAGGAGCGCGAGCUCAAGGAUCAAGGCAACAAACGAGCCAAGGAGAUCGCCGAGCAAAACUACAGGGAACGCAUGCAAGAGCUAGAGCGGAAGGAGAUCGAAAUGGAGCUGGAAGAUAGGCGACGAAUGGAGAUCAAGAAGAAUCUGAUCAACGACGCGGCCAAGAAGCAAGAUGAGCCGGUGGAUGACAGUAAACUGGUCGAGGCCAUGUUCGAUUUCCUGCCGGACUCCAGCAGCGAGGCGCCGACCCCGGCGAGAGAAACAUCCGUGUUCAAUGAUCUACCCGCGCCGAAGGCCGACCAGCAGGAGAUAAUCAGCCCGGUUCAAAUGGCAUCGGAGGACGAGGAGGACUUGUCCGAGUUCAAAUUCCAGAAAUUCGCGGCCACGUACUUCCAGGGUAACAUCACGCAUCAGUACUCGAGGAAGCCGCUCAAGCAUCCGUUGCUGCCGCUGCACACCCAGGGCGACCAACUGGCCGCUCAGGCCCUGUGGAUAACCAUACUGCGAUUCACGGGCGACCUGCUCGAUCCGCGUUUCCAUACGAUGGACAGGGACACGACCUCGGUGAUGUCGAAAGUCACGGCGACGCUCGGACGGAACUUCAUCAGGAGCAAAGAGUUCCAGGAGGCUCAGAUGAUGGGCAUGGACCCAGAGACAUUCCUCAAACAAAAGCCACGCUCCAUCAGGCACAAGCUGGUAUCGCUCACCCUGAAGCGGAAGAACAAGCUAGGCGAAGACGUGCGACGGAGACUGCAGGAGGACGAGUACACCGCCGACAGCUACCAGUCCUGGCUAGAGUCCAGACCCACGUCGAACCUCGAGAAGCUGCACUUCAUCAUCGGCCAUGGUAUCCUGCGAGCGGAGUUGCGGGACGAGAUAUACUGCCAGAUCUGUAAGCAGCUGACCAACAAUCCGUCCAAGUCCUCGCACGCGCGAGGCUGGAUCCUGCUGUCCCUCUGCGUCGGCUGUUUCGCACCCUCCGAGAAGUUCGUCAACUACCUGCGAGCGUUCAUCAGAGAAGGACCACCUGGCUACGCACCUUACUGCGAGGACAGACUGAAGAGAACCUUCAACAACGGCACGCGCAAUCAGCCACCAAGCUGGCUGGAGCUGCAGGCGACCAAGUCGAAGAAGCCGAUCAUGCUGCCGAUCACCUUCAUGGAUGGGAACACGAAAACGCUGCUGGCCGACUCGGCCACCACGGCGCGGGAGCUGUGCAAUCAAUUGUCCGACAAGAUCUCUCUGAGAGACCAGUUCGGCUUCUCCCUGUACAUCGCCCUGUUCGACAAGGUGUCGUCCUUGGGCAGCGGCGGUGAUCACGUGAUGGAUGCGAUCUCGCAGUGCGAGCAAUACGCUAAGGAGCAAGGCGCGCAGGAGCGCAACGCGCCCUGGAGAUUGUUCUUCCGCAAGGAGAUCUUCGCGCCUUGGCACGAGCCGACCGAGGACCAGGUCGCCACGAACCUGAUCUACCAGCAGGUGGUGCGCGGGGUGAAGUUCGGCGAGUACCGCUGCGACAAAGAGGAGGACCUGGCAAUGAUCGCGGCCCAGCAAUAUUAUAUCGAGUACCACACCGACAUGAACGUCGACCGACUGUACACCCUGCUGCCGAAUUACAUACCGGAUUAUUGCCUGACGGGCAUCGACAAGGCCAUCGAUCGAUGGGGACACCUCGUGCUGCAGGCGUACAAGAAGAGCUACUAUUUGAAAGAGAAGGUGCCGGCGUUACGCGUGAAGGAGGACAUAGUCGGCUACGCGAAGUUCAAGUGGCCCUUGCUGUUCUCGCGCUUCUACGAGGCUUACAGAAAUUCCGGCCCGAACCUGCCGAAGAACGACGUGAUCAUCGCCGUCAACUGGACCGGCGUGUACGUCGUCGACGAUCAAGAGCAGGUGCUCCUGGAGUUAUCCUUCCCCGAGAUUACCACCGUAUCUAGUCAAAAAACGAACAAGAUGUUUACGCAAACAUUCAGUUUGUCAACGGUGCGGGGAGAAGAAUUCACAUUCCAGAGCCCGAACGCGGAGGACAUUCGCGACCUGGUGGUGUACUUCCUGGAGGGUCUGAAGAAGCGCAGCAAGUUCGUUAUAGCUCUGCAGGACUACAAGGCGCCGGGCGAGGGCUCGUCGUUCCUGACGUUUCAGAAGGGCGAUCUCAUCGUCCUCGAGGACGAGAGCACCGGCGAGACCGUGCUCAACUCAGGAUGGUGCAUCGGCACUUGCGAGAGAACCGCCGAGAAGGGCGACUUCCCAGCAGAGACUGUUUAUGUGCUGCCUUCCUUAACGAAGCCACCGAACGAUAUAUUGGCUCUAUUCAGCAUAGAGGGCACAGAGAACAGUCGCAGGCUCUAUCCUCAGCAACUAAACGGCGUGGAUUCUCGCGACAAGCCUCACACUCUUCUGGAAUACGCGAUCGAUCACUUUCGGACACCGCCGAAGAGAACAAUGUCCAAGACGUUGACCCUGACAUCCGCGCGACGUGGUCACACGGACGAGCUCUGGCACCACUCGCGAGAGCCGAUUAAGCAACCCCUGCUGAAGAAACUCGUGUCCAAGGAGGAGUUGGCAGAGGAGGCUUGCUUCGCCUUCAACGCCAUUCUGAAAUACAUGGGCGACCUACCGACGAAGCGGCCGCGCAUCGGCAACGAGUACACAGACUUGAUUUUCGACGGGCCGUUGAAGAACGAGAUCCUGCGGGAUGAGAUUUAUUGUCAGAUUAUGAAGCAGCUCACAGAUAAUCGUAAUAGAUUGAGUGAAGAGCGAGGAUGGGAACUGAUGUGGCUCGCCACCGGGCUCUUCACCUGUAGCCAGAGCCUCUUAAAGGAAUUGACGCUAUUCCUACGUACAAGACGUCAUCCUAUCUCGCAAGAUUCUCUACAAAGACUGCAGAAGACCCUGCGUAACGGUCAGCGAAAGUACCCGCCGCAUCAGGUGGAGGUGGAAGCUAUCCAGCACAAAACCACGCAAAUAUUUCACAAGGUUUACUUCCCGGACGACACAGAUGAGGCGUUUGAAGUUGACUCGUCCACUAGGGCGAAGGACUUUUGCCAGAACAUCGCGCAAAGACUCAACUUGCGGUCUGCUGAGGGCUUCAGUUUGUUCGUCAAGAUCGCCGAUAAAGUCAUUUCCGUGCCGGAGGGCGAUUUCUUCUUCGAUUUCGUGCGACACCUCACCGACUGGAUCAGAAAAGCUAGGCCUUCGCGAGACGGAAUAUCGCCGCAAUUCACGUAUCAAGUCUUCUUCAUGAAGAAGCUCUGGACCAAUACAGUUCCCGGCAAAGACAGAAACGCCGACUUGAUCUUCCAUUUCCACCAAGAACUUCCCAAAUUGCUAAGAGGUUACCAUAAAUGCACGAAAGAGGAAGCGUCGAGACUUGCAGCUUUGGUAUACAGGGUGCGAUUCGGCGAGAGCAAGCAGGAGCUACAAGCCAUCCCGCAAAUGCUGAGAGAACUCAUCCCGGGCGACCUGAUCAAAAUACAAAGCGCCAACGACUGGAAGAGAUCCAUAAUCGCUUCUUAUAAUCAAGAUGCUGGCAUGAGUCCAGAGGACGCGAAAAUUACAUUCCUGAAGAUCGUGUACCGAUGGCCAACAUUCGGCUCCGCGUUCUUCGAGGUGAAGCAAAGCACAGAACCGAAUUAUCCCGAACUACUGCUGAUCGCCAUCAACAAACACGGGGUGAGCCUCAUACACCCUCAGUCAAAGGAUAUACUAAUAACUCAUCCCUUCACGAGAAUAUCCAACUGGUCGUCCGGCAACACCUACUUCCACAUGACGAUAGGGAACCUCGUGCGCGGCUCGAAACUCCUCUGCGAAACCUCGCUGGGCUACAAAAUGGACGACCUGCUGACCUCUUACAUUUCGCUGAUGCUCACGAAUAUGAACAAGCAACGCACGAUACGAAUCAAAUGAGCGAGAACGACGACCCACGAGUCCCCGCGACCGAACGCCAGUAAACAUUCCACUACGAGGUGCUAAUGUUGAGCGUGUGUGCCGUAUGAUUCUUCUCUCAUAAUCCUUCUUCCUCACAGGUGCGCACGCUUGUAUAAGUUAAUUCAAUAAGAAUUAUCCGCUACGCAUAAUACACCAGACCAUGUCCGCAAGUCGCAGAUAUCGCGCGUCUCUCGGGAGAAAAAUGAUUUUAACGUUAUAUUUUUCAUGUACUUCUCUCUCUCUCUCU